AUGGCGGCCCCCGCGGCCCGCAGGAGGAGGAGGAGGUGGCCGCGGCUCGACUUGGGCGCUAGCACGGGAGCCCGAGACGGACACAGGGUUAUCUAAGGGGUCCGAGCGGCCCUCGAGAGGUGCAAAGCACGUCGGUUACUGCCCGCAGAACUCAGAUCCCUGCUCCGGGGGGUUGCAGAGGGGUGUGGAUCCGAAGGAAGGUCAGGCCGGCCGCCCCACCUCGUGGGACUUCCAUGGCGGCCCUGCCGAUCGUCGGGGACAAGAUAAGCAUCCAGGCGGGAGAGACAUCCGCGGCCCCACUGGGCCAGGACUGUGCCGAGCCGGACGGCGCUGCCCCGCGCUCCUGGAGGCACAAGUGCGCGUCCUACGUGCUGGCCCUGAGGCCCUGGAGUUUCAGCGCCUCGCUCACCCCGGUGGCCCUGGGCAGUGCCCUGGCUUACCGCUCGCAAGGCUCCCUGGACCCCAGGCUCCUGGUGGGCUGUGCGGUGGCCGUCCUAGCCGUGCACGGGGCCGGCAACUUGGUGAACACUUACUAUGACUUCUCCAAGGGCAUCGAUCACAAGAAGAGCGAUGACAGGACCCUGGUGGACCGCAUCUUGGAGCCCCAGGAUGUGGUCCGGUUCGGCGUCUGCCUCUACACGCUGGGCUGCGUCUGUGCCGCUGGCCUCUACUGCCUGUCCCCCCUGAGGCUGGAGCACCUGGCUCUCAUCUACUUUGGAGGCCUGUCGGGUUCCUUUCUCUACACGGGAGGAAUUGGAUUCAAGUACGUGGCUCUGGGAGACCUCAUCAUCCUCAUCACCUUCGGCCCGCUGGCCGUGAUGUUCGCCUACGCUGUCCAGGUGGGGUCCUUGGCCAUCUUCCCACUGGUCUAUGCCAUCCCCUUGGCCCUCAGCACCGAGGCCAUCCUCCAUUCCAACAACACCAGGGACAUGGAGUCCGACCGGGCUGCCGGCAUCGUCACGCUGGCCAUCCUCAUCGGCCCCACCCUCUCCUACGUGCUCUACACGGCGCUGCUCUUCCUGCCUUACCUGGUCUUCAGCCUGCUGGCCACGCGCUGCAGCAUCAGCCUGGCACUGCCCCUGCUCACCAUUCCGCUGGCCUUUUCCCUCGAGAGGCAGUUCCGCAGCCAGGCCUUCAACAAGCUGCCCCAGCGGACAGCCAAGCUCAACCUCCUGCUGGGGCUCUUCUACGUCUUUGGGAUCAUCCUGGCACCAGCGGGCAGUCUGCCCAAGCUCUGAAGGGACCAGCAGCUCACCCCCCCACGGCACAUUCACCUUCCUUAAUACUCAAGUCCAGUGAUCACAAGAGGAGUAUGAUUUGGCAGUGAAAACGUUUUUAAACUGUUACUAAGUUGUUAAACAAUGCGCUGGGCUUUUGUCUGCUUUUGUGUUUCCAUUUUCUUAGGCAGUCUUGAAGCCACCUUGGUAUCAGAAGAGGGUGUACUCAACACUGCUUGUUUUAUUUAUCAUACCCACUAGAGGGUGCUGUCAUGUCGCUUUACAGUAAAGCCCUUGGAGUUCCCCUUUGCUCCAGACCGUGCACCCCAAGACUCUGCAAAGGCACUGCUGUCCUGAGGUCUCCGUCACUCCACCCGGUCUCGCGGCCGUGGUCGUGAUUGGCACAGGCCCUCAUGGCGGCCUCUGGGGCUCCCAGCCGUGGUCGUGAUUGGCACAGGCCCUCAUGGCGGCCUCUGGGGCUCCGGGCCAUGGUCGUGAUUGGCACAGGCCCUCAUGGCGGCCUCUGGGGCUCCCGGCCGUGGUCGUGAUUGGCACAGGCCCUCAUGGCGGCCUCUGGGGCUCCCAGCUCUUUUGCCUCAGCUGUGAUCACCCCCUGCGUGUCGUCAUCCCUGUCCCCGCUCCCUGUUUGUCCUUCAUCUCUCCUUUCUUGCAUCUGCCGUCAGGGUGGAGGAGCUGUGACUGAUCGCCCUGCAGCAUGACACUCUGGUGAGGACGGGGGGAAGACGCCCACCUGGGAGGCAGCCCCAGAGGUCACUGCACUUCUAGGUAGCAGUACUGCAGGCUAGCUGCAAGGACCAGCAGCGUUCUCAGUACCUGUCAGGAGCCCCAGAUGUGAAACACUGCACCAAGGCCCGCCCCUUCCCUGCUGCUCCCUGGGCCCGGGUUACCACUUGGGUUUUCUGUCCGUAGAGCCAGGCUGCCCAGGGUGAGCAGGCAGGUUGGGGUCGACUGCUGCUCUUCAUGGAGCCAUGUGACAGGCAGGGACGCAGUGUAGCCCUGGGCCACAGGUUGCCUGAGCACGGGGCCCUGCCAAAAAGGGGCUGAAGACAUGUGAAGUCCUGACCACCCCCUACCAACCCCGUCUUCCUCAGCUGCCAUUGCCUCAUGCAGAAGUAGCUGAGGGCUUUCCAAGGGUCACGCCCGGCACGGGUGUCCCAGGCAGGUGGUAGCUGCCUUCCGCUGCCCUGCCUGCGAAGUGUUCUCUCUGCUCACACAGGUUAGCGGCUCUGGUCAAGCCCAGAAUGGGUCGGAGCCAUCAUCGUGGAGCUUUUCUAAUGUGCUGCUGCUUUUGUUCU